CAGGCCAGAGAGAGUUGGACUCGCGGGAAAAAUGGCGGAAAUGUGUCCUCUCUCUACGUUAACAACAUCAUCGAUUCAAAAUAUUGUAUUAUAAGCCUACUCUUGGGCUUGUCUACAUGCGCGGGUCACAGCUGUGUGUUCAUUCUCUGUGUUUAGAGAGGAGUCCAAGAUGCAACAAGAUUCAACACACUUUUCCUCUUCUGGCCACAUGAAAGAGAACCCCGUUAUCUCUCAAGAGACCACAACCAAGUCUGUCCAGUGUAGACAAUGUACUGUCCCCUUUAAAUCCAAGGUCUAUCUUUUUGAACACCUCAAAAAUGUGCAUGGCUAUGAUGUAGAAGAUGCUCUUAGAGAGUCUGGUUUAAAAAACCCUGGGACUAACAACGCAAAUGUUGACUACAAUUCCACAAAUACAGAAGAUGGUUUUGAAUGCCAGCAGUGUGAUUUUAAAGCUUUAAAUUUGGACGUUUUCAAAAAUCAUGAGAAACAUUGUCAAAUAAAGACAGAAGAUCAGAACGUGAUUGGAAAUGUAAUCAUCUCUGAAAACCCGGGUGCCGAGAUAUCUGAAGUCUCAAAAAAAGAGCGUGGUGAUGCUGCUGUAGGAGCAAGUGAGAUUCCCUCCUGUCUUUCAGUUAUGUCUACCUCAAAAUCAAAAUCCACACUUAACACAUCCAAGGAUCGGAAGACAUACAAGAGGCAAUUGCAAACCAUUACAAAGUACUUUGUGGCAGCAUCGGGAUCAAAUGGGAAAACCACAGGGAAGUUAGCUGAAAGCGCAAAGCUUCCACAAUGCACCAAAACGACCAUUAUUUUGCAGGAAUCUCCCCCAAGCUCCAGUCCAAACAGCAGUGGUGUGUUUAAAGUAAAUGCAAAGUCUAUCAUUGACUUAAACCAUGUUUCUCAACAGUUUUUGCUGAAUGACCACUUUUUAAGUACUGACCUGAAACCACCAAAGCCCAAGGAUCAAUCAAGAGACAUGGUUCCUGACAAAGGUAGCCAGAGGACCAACAAUGAAACAUCAAGAAGCCCACCAGCUAAAAAAUCAAAGACGAACAAAGAAAUGACAAAGCUACCAGAGAAAGCAAACACAAGUAAACAAAAACCAUCAAGCAACACAGAGUUUUCAUUUGAUGUGAGCGAAGAUGAAGGAGAAAAUAAACGUCAUUGUGUCAAUGGAGACACAGAAAAUUCACUGGUUUAUCUUUGUAAGCACUGUGAAUACAGAGAUGUGGGCAUCACGAAUGUGUCUACCCAUUAUCAGAACAACCACCCCUAUGUAAGAUACAAUGUUGCUUACAUAAAGGAUCCAAGUGAUGCGAGUGCUACCUUUCGCUGUCUGCAGUGUCCAGUUGAGUUUUUGAGUGUAGCUAACCUCAAGAAACACUACACUGAAAAUCAUCCAGAGGCCCCAAAUGUCUUCAAGAUGCAUUCACGUGAACUCAGUUUGGUGUUCAAAUGUUUUGUGUGUCUGUUUACGACCAAUAUGUUGGAGUCUUUGAUAAAACAUUACAAGGAAAAUCACCCAACACAUCGAUUGGAUAAUUCCUUGAUGUACUGCAGAUACUCAGCCACUGGAUGCCAAGAGGGAUCAUAUCAGUCAAAUACAAUUGAUAAAGCAUCCAGUCCAGGAAGAAAAGAAGAGAUUCCUCCUGAGAGUGCCUGUAUAGCUAGUAAGGAAGUGCUAGCUGUACCCCAGCUAGCACCCUUACCCCAACAUCCUACCCCUAACAGAGCAGACGUGAUCCUGUAUCAUUGCAACACGUGCAAGUUUAGUCAUAAGUCCGUUGUUGUUAUGCAUGUCCACUACCAAAAAAUCCACCCAGGUGAAGAAGUCUCAAUAGACAAAAUCAAACAGUUAGCUCGCAUCCCUUCGCCUACUACAUCACAAAUGACGCCAGAUAAGUCUCCAAACCCUCUGACAAUAACAAAAAAAGCUGCGCCUCAAACCAACAUCUCAGAUUCUUCUGAGCAAACAAAAGACAAAGCUGAGCCAUCACAGCAUACGCACCGGACAGACGCUUCUAAGACUUAUUUAGAGUCUCCCAAAGUUGAGAAACAGGAAUCUGUGGAAGAAGCAAGAAAAAGGUUGCCCACUAAACGCUACAGUGAAAUGGAUAGUUUAUCCUGCAGUUCACCAAGUAUACUGUUCUAUUGUCAGUUUUGCGGUUAUUCAAGUACCAAAAUUAAAAGCGUUGUUGGUCAUCAUAACGCCAAACACUCUCUCCAAGCACUAACAUGCAUUGAAGAGAUCCUAAGUCAUAGUGUUGCUGUGCGGAAAAAGAAACUUCAAAGUGAAGCUGAGUCUCCAGGAAGUACUAAAUCCUCUAAAACCAAAACCUGUCAACAAGCUGAGGUAUAUAGUGAAACAGCUCCACAUAUAGAGUAUGACGAAGCAGGAAAUGCUUAUGCUUGUGCGGAAAAUUUGUUUUACUGCCAAAAGUGCAACUAUGGAAAUCCAUCUGCAAAAGGAAUAGCAAACCAUCAAAACCAACUUCACAGAGGCCUAACUUAUGACAAGGAAUGUAUUCUUCAACAUACAGCUUUGAUUCGGGAUGAAAUUGAAAAAUCUAAAUCUCAAGCUAAGGAGUUCGCCUUCUCCACGCAUCUACCACAUCCCCUCAUGAAAAAGGGCGAUGAAGAUAUGUUUUUCUGCCACUAUUGUAACUAUAGACAGCGCACUGUGCAAGCAGUACUGAGGCAUUACUCUAGAAAACAUAGUGGAUUUGUGAUUACGAGCAAACAAGUUUGUCUGUAUACCACUAUUGUUUGUGAAAAGGCACAGAAAUCAGACCUAAAAGCAAAUGGAAGCCAAGAAGUAAAUCUUGCAGAGGUAAAAAACAAUGAAAAGAAAAAAACAAAAAUGAUUUGCAAAUCUGUGUCAGUUUCAUCACCAGCCUCACAGACCCAGAGGACCCUUCAGUGCCAUAGAUGCACAUACACAACUCAAUAUGUAUGUGUUUUGAAGAGGCAUAUAGGGAAAAUCCACAAGACAAAGUGCACAGUCUCAAAUGUUUUAAAAUUGUGUUACGAACAAGGACAUUUACAGACAGGCUAUCACUGUGACAUGUGUGUUUUCUCCUACAAAAACGCAGCAGCAGUCUUUGAACAUCACAAGGAGCAACACCCAGGGCGUAAACGAAGCCUUGAAUAUGUGAUUGAUCGAUUGUAUGUUGGUCCCAAAAGAGAACCUAAAAGACAAAAACCUCAAGAGAAGUGCACUGAUGAUAUUCCUGAAGGUAAUGACAGCGUACCAUCAAAAAGAUCUGGACACACUGAUACGUAUUCAUGCAGAGCAUGUUCAUUUAAGGGUGGCUCAUUGUUAGUCAUCGCACAACACUACCGUGAUGUUCAUCCAUGGUCAGUAAAAGAAGACGGCUCUGUCAUGGAUGCGGCCAAAAGCAAAAAACAAAGUGCAAACAGGCAGAUGGAAGACGACAAUGAAAUGCCUGAAACAUUAGAAUCCUACCAAGUGCCUCUGGAACUCGACAUGCCACCUGUUUCACCCCCUAAAGCAACAGCAUCAUCAAAAAUGCUCAGGUGCCCUUACUGCCCUGCAAAGUUUAACAAACCGCACGGCUUAAGCGUUCACUGUGGAAUGAAACACUAUGAAGCUGUGAAUGAAAACCAAGAGGAAAAGCAAAAGCAAGAGCAAGAGCAAAGUGAAACACACAUGCAUGUCUUCAAGUGUCCGUAUUGUACCUACGUCAAUACCGGUUUCAAAGGAAUUCAAACUCACUUCCAGAUGAGGCAUCCUACCCUCACAGUCAGGGCAGACAGUUUUCACUUGGAGACAGCACAAUUAGCAAACUGGGACGACUGUUUGAAAAUGAAUGGUCCUGGUAACCCUGGCAAUUUAAAAAUUAGGGGCUAUAUGUGUCAAACCUGCCCCCAUAUCUGCUCAACGGUGGAGAGGCUGAAAAGGCACUGCAAGAGAGAGCAUACGGAGACUGAAGAAAAGCCACCUAAACCCUCAGCUGUUAGCAAAAUAAAACAAUAUAAGACCCUGGCCAAUCGGCUGCCAGUUUCACAGAUCUCCUUUUUAUGUAAGAAAAAGUAUGCAGUGGUUAAGUGCCAGUACUGCACUUACCAUAGCAGCACAAAAAUAGCGAUUGAUCGACAUGUGCGUGUUCACCACAAGAAGGCUUCAGUUUUAAAGAUUCAGGAUAGUGUAUACAAGUGCGAACUGUGUACCAAUUCCUAUUUCACAAAACCACUUCUUGGAAGCCAUUAUAUCCACAAACAUGGAAGGAGCAACUUCUUAAAAUACUGUGCCCCAGUAUACAAGAAGGGCCCAGAGAAGCCAGAGCCUCAUCAACCAGAAAACACUGAUGAGGCAUGUAAGUCCGGCACAAUUGAGGAAAACAACAAAUUGAUCUACAGGUGUCCAACUUGCCCCUAUGUGAAUUCAAGUUACCAUGGCACUCUCACUCACUGCCAAAUGAGGCAUCCAAACAUCCUUGCCAGGGCAGACAACCUUCCAACAGAUGUAGUAGUUGCUAACAACAUGGUGGGGAGUACGGUUGGAAACAAUUCUAAUGUGAAAGGGUACCUAUGUGAAAUGUGUCCACUCAUUUUUGCAUCAAUGAAGAAACUGAAAAUCCACUGUGUGAGGGACCACGAUGGUGCUAAGCCAACAACUUCUGAACAUUCAGCUGAAAAGCAACCUGAUCAAGGCUCUAGUGUCUCAGUGUGGACGUCUUUAAAAAGUAAUACCCCAGAAGUAAGCGCCACAGAAAUGGGCUCCAGAGACCAGUUGAACACUCAGGAGACAUGUCAGUCAGUACAGAACAAGCGAAAAGUAUGGAAGUGCCACAUGUGUUCCUACGAAGCAAACUAUCGAAGAUACCUGCAAACUCACUACAAAAAACGUCACAAAUAUGAUCCACUUACCACACACAAGCUGCUAGAGAAAUAUAACUGUACAAUCAGCAAUGCCAGCAUUCUACCUGUAGCUGAAUCUGAAGAACCUACACCCACCGAAUGUAAGAAGUGUCCAGAGUUGACGUUUCUCUCACCUCAGCUGCUUCUAGCCCACUAUGAUACUUUUCAUAGCUCAGAUUGCCUAGACUUCAUUGUGCUAUCACAAGGAACAAAGAAGGGCAGCACAGGUCUCUACAGGUGUGUGCACUGCAACAAACUGAUGAAUGGAACUAGGAAGCUGUGGUACCACCUGGAUUGCCACAGAGAGAGGGCCAAAAUGAGGGCAAAGCCUUCAAAGAAAACAUCACCUGACACUAUGACAACACCAGAGGCCAAAUCCCUCAAACUUGGUGGGCAAGAUAAUCUUCUCAUGUUAGAACCUGUGGAGGACCUGGCCCAGUGGAACGUGAGGCCAGUACAGACUUUGACUUUGCCACAGAGUCCUCUGUCGCCAUCUCCAAACCAGGCUGAUGUAGAGAUGCCGCAGAUGGAAUCAAGUGAACACGCCUGCAAACUGUGUCGGCGGACUUUCAUGUCACUGAAAGGUUUGCGUUCGCAUGAGCGCAGCCAUGCAGCUGUGGCAGCCAUCAAGAAGCGGGAUCAUCUGCCUGCGUCAUUAUUAAAACACGGCAUUAACAAAUAUGUUCAGUUCAAAGCUGGGACCGUGAGGCCUUUCCUCUGUAGCUUCUGUCCCUAUCGGACCACUGUCAUGGGCCUGUGGAGGAGUCAUUUUAUGAAAAUACAUAAAGGUGGCCUACUGGAUUCUGAUGAGAGUGAUAAUGAAGAAGAGGAGAGCGCUCAGAUGACUGGCAAGGAGCUCUUAAGUUCAUCAGAGGAAUUGAACUAUUGGCCUGAAAGUGAUGAAAAACCUGAAAUUACUAAAAAGUCGCUUUACUUGGAGCCUCCAGAUGUGCAGCGCCAGUUGAACCACUAUAGUUCAAUGGCAAAGACUAAUGCCCUGUCCACAACACAUAAGCAAGAAGCCAUGUUACCUGACAACAGUCUUCUUCACUGUGAGUUCUGCAAUUUCAACACUGAACACCGGUCUAGUAUAGGACGUCACUACGUAAAUCGCCAUGGAAAGAAGAUCUUCAGGUGUAAGGACUGCGAGUUCUUCACAGGUGUAAAGAAAACUUUUGAGAUGCACAUGGAGAGGGGCCACUCUACAUGCCAAUCACAACCUACUCAUGACAAAGACCUGCGCUGCCCUUUCUGCCUGUACCAGACCAAGAAUAAGAAUAACAUGAUCGAUCACAUCAUCUUGCAUCGUGAGGAACGUGUUGUGCCAAUUGAAGUGUGUCGCUCGAAGCUGUCUCGUUGCCUUCAAGGCAUCGUCUUCCGCUGUCACAAAUGCACUUUCACGAGCGGAAGUGCUGAAAACUUGAAUCUGCACAUGACGAGGCACGAUGACAUCAAACCCUACAAGUGUCGGCUGUGCUACUUUGACUGCACUCAGCUGAGCGACCUCGAGGCGCACCUGAGUGAUAAGCAUCAGGUUGUGAGGAACCACGAGCUUGUGGGUCAGGUCAGCCUCGAUCAGCUACAGGCAAGGGUUGGGAAGAUGCCAGAAGAGGAACAAGAACCUUCGUCUAACUUGGAGCAUCAAAGCAACGAAAGCGAUGAUGCAGAAACAGAUGAGUGUGUAACUGGCAGUAAUGAAGGUCCGCAUAAGACACAAGUUGAGGAACUGACAGAAAAUGAGGUGAGGGACGAAGUGAAACCACAGACCGAGGCAGUAGUGUUCUCGCCGGCCCAACCGGUACUUGGAGAAAGUGAAGACAACUGCACAAUGUUCAGGCAACUAAAAGAGCUGAUGACACUGGGGAGCUCAACAAAAUAUGCUAAGAUUCCCGCAAAAACACAGGACUGUAAGCCGCAUAAUGAGGCUCCUCAAGAAAAAGCAUUUGGAUCUACCUGUACGAAGGCAGAUGAGAAUAGAACGACAAAGACGGAUGAGAACACUGAGUCCGAGGUUGUAGAUAAAGUUCAAAGGGAGACAGUAUUGCUGGGUGAAAAAAGUGGCAAAUCUCUGGCAAAUGACCCACAAAAUCAAACUAAUGCAGAGGCAAUUUCAGCCGUUUGUAUUGUGUCGCCCAAGUGUGAACAGCUCAAGAUAAGCAAUAAGGAAAGCUUAGAUGUCUCACUGACCAACUACAAAAACCAACAGGUGCACAAAAACAUUGUGGAAGUGAGAGACCCUUACGGGGACAUGCCAGUACUCGAGAAGGAAUAUCUCAAAGAAGAAAAGCAGCCUCUUGGUUGUUUCAAGGCGAAAGAUCAGAGUGACCAUCUUCAGCAAAAGCAGGACAAAACAGAUGAGACGAUCGCUGACGAUGAGAACCGAUGCGAGGAUGAGCAGGGUGACGGGAGGAAGGAAGAUCCUUAUGUGCCCAAAGAUGCACUCACAGGGGGAGAUGCUGACGCUCUUUGCCCAGCAGCCACAGAGGAGCAGCCAUUUACCUGCCAGUUGUGUGGACGAAACCUCAUGAACAGCUCUGAGCUGCAGCGUCACAUCCUUCGACAUGGAAUAUAAUGUUUUUUGUUUCAGUAACGAGAGGCGUUCACCCUUGAUUUUCUCCAUGUGGAUCUAGAUUUGUUUUCAUCAUCCGUCCUCUACUCUGUUACUCUGUUAUCUGUUUAACCAGGUAACAUAUACAUGUUUUAUAGAUUUUAACCUUUUUUAUAAUUAAAUGUUUUAUUUGGUACAGCUGUUAUGCUUAUGCUUAUUUUAAUUUGUGUGAUUAAGCAAAUCAAACUUUGGAGCUAAGAUGGUGGAUGUAUAAAGUGUGACGCUUUGUCAAAAAGACAUUAAUGGAUAUGCAUGAAUAACUCAUGCGAAGAUCCUUGUUUCUUCUUUUUUUAAUUAUUCCUGCUGUUAUAACAACAAUAUUUACACUGUGAACUUUUGUUACAUAUGGAACAUUUAUGUUCAGUAUGAAGAACUGCUAGACCAACCUCAAAACCAUUGAUUGUGAAAAUGCUGGUGCUGCAUUCAGGUGCUGUUGGGUAUUUGAUACCAGGAAGAGCUGUUGUUAUCUGUCAGGCAACUUAUUUUCAUUCAGCAUCAGUAACACAACUGGAUUAUAACCAAUUGCAUUUCCUCAAUACUGUAUUUAGGUUUUUUUUAUUCAAUGCAACUUCAUAAUUUUACUCAACAGAGGCAAAUAUUCCAUGGACACUAACUUUGUCUGACCGCUUUAGUUACCUUCAGGAUUACAAUAGUUUCCUUUUCAGUGAAAAUCAUGUAAAUCCAGAUGUAUUGAUUUUGAAUGUUUGUGAUGAACAGAAUGAUAUGUGUUGUGAUAAUUCUACUUCUUCUUAUGCUAAAUAAACUUUUUUUUAAAGCC